GGUAAAUGUUUCCCCUGUUCAAUCCUCGCUCUUCGGUCUUCACAUAAAACCCUCCAGCAAAACCCCUCGUCCCCAUUCCAAACAAACCAUGGCGGCCCAACCCAGGCGAGGUGGAGUUUCCCUACCCGAGAGGCGAUCCGCCCCCAAGUCCGACUCCAACAUCCUCGCCAAGAUCACGUCCUCCCCCAUCGUUUCACGUGGCAAGCAGGCUGCGUGCGACGCCGCUUUCGUCUCCAAGAAACUCCUUCGCAGCACGGGCAAAGCCGCCUGGAUCGCCGGAACAACCUUCUUGAUCUUAGUUGUCCCUUUGAUCAUCGAGAUGGACCGCGAGCAGCAGUUCAAUGAGCUCGAGCUCCAGCAAGCUAGUCUCCUUGGUGCCCCGCCUACUGGCCCGGCCCUUAAGUGAUCGGGUCUGGUCAUAUGAGGUUAGACCUUGUUGGUUAUCAAAUUUGUAGCCUUUUUGAGGCCAUUUUCAUCUGGUUGUUGUAAUAAAACCUUUUUGAAGUAGUUUUAGGAUCUUUUUUCUAUAAAAAUUUUAAAUAAGAUUUUACUUUUUGGUUUUAUUAGUUUUAAUUGCGUGUGAGAAUGUUGUUACUGGACUUGCUGUUAUCUAUUUUAUGCGUAUGGAUUUUAAGUGAAAUUGGGCAGUGUUUAA